AUGGUUAUUGGCUGUUGCACACUAAACAAUAUUUCGGAAGAUGCCAAAACACGAAGCGAUGCAAAUAAGCAGAUUGAGAAAUUAAUUGAAAAGGAGAAAAAGAAUUUUAAGUCUACACACAGACUCCUCCUUCUGGGUGCUGGAGAGUCUGGGAAAUCGACCAUUGUUAAGCAAAUGAGGAUAUUACACAUAGAUGGCUUUUCAGAACGAGAAAAGAAAGAAAAGAUUGAUGCAAUCCGGAAAAACCUCCGUGACGCUAUCUGUUCAAUAGCUGGUGCUAUGAGUUCUUUGAAACCACCAGUAGAGCUUGAACUCAGUGAAAACAAAAAGUUGAGGAAUUAUAUACUGGAAACUGCAUCUAAACCUGAUUUUGACUAUCCACCGGAGUUUUUCACAUAUUGCGCAAAAUUAUGGAAGGAUGGAGGUAUACAGGAAACGUUUGAAAGAUCAAAUGAAUAUCAACUAAUCGACUGUGCGAAAUAUUUCCUUGACAAGACUUUAGAGGUCGGCGCUCCAAACUACAUCCCAUCUGAGCAGGAUAUUCUGCGCUGUCGUGUACUAACUUCCGGAAUAUUUGAAACCAAGUUCAGCGUAGAUAAAGUUAAUUUCCAUAUGUUUGACGUCGGUGGACAGAGGGAAGAGCGCCGAAAGUGGAUACAGUGCUUUAACGAUGUCACUGCAAUCAUUUUUGUCGCUGCUUGUUCUUCGUACAACAUGGUCUUGCGAGAAGAUCCUAGCCAAAACCGUGUAAAGGAGUCUUUAGAACUUCUUGCUUCCAUAUGGAACAACAGAUGGUUGCGAAACAUAUCUGUGAUUCUCUUUCUUAACAAGCAAGAUCUACUUACGGAGAAGGUCUUAGCUGGCAAGUCCAAGAUUGAAGUCUAUUUCCCGCAUUAUGCUACUUACCAAGCUCCAGCUGAUACACUGGCAGAGUAUCGUCAUGAAAACUCAGAAGUUAUACGUGCCCGAUUUUUCUUCCGCGAUGAGUUUCUUAAAGUAACAUCAAAUAACAAUGGUGGACGUCAUUAUUGCUAUCCUCACUUAACAUGUGCAGUGGAUACAGAAAAUAUCCGACGCGUAUUCAAUGAUUGCCGCGAUAUCAUUCAGCGAAUGCACCUGCGGCAGUAUGAAUUACUCUAG